AUGGGACGAACGUGCAGUCCUCGAGACUCUCAGCAAGAAUCGAGGCAUGUUACGUACGACCAAUUAUUUCCAAUACUCUAUCAAGAAUUAAUUGAUAUUUAUAAAAGUCCUCAGACACCGUCAUCUUCAAAUAGUCUGUUUGGAAUUGAGCUUACAUUUACAAAUGAUACACUUAUUGAACUCGCUCGUAGUGAAAAUGAAACAGAUUAUAAAACUUACUCGACAAACUUGUUGAACGAAUGGAUCGAACAAGUUCGUCUACAAUAUCCUUUUGUACAUAUUGGUGAAUUUGAAAAAGACUCUUACGGUUAUGUGAAAGUCACAUUGACGUUAUCCUCGUGUGAUGUAAUCUUAUAUUUACACAGUGAUGAUUGGGUCUUUGAAGUUGGUUCGUCUCCAAUGACAUCAUUGGCACUAAGUAAAAAUCUAUCCACUAUUCAACAAAUAUUGUUUGAUACAGCUGUGAUAAUCGGUUUAAAACCUCAUGAUCGAAUUGGCGGUGGUCAUAUUCAUCUGGACAAACAAACCAAUUUUGGUAAUGAUUCAAUAUUAUUCCGAAAUUUUUUAGUAGAUUUAAUGAAUCGACCCGAAUUAUUUCUCGGCGGAUUAGCGUUAGACCUAUUAAAUGCACCACCAUUAGCCAUACUGUCCAAAGAACAACAGGAAAUAUUUGGCGAAAUAAUCGAUGAAUUUGAUAAAUCUCAACUGACAAUUGAUGCGCUAUGCGAAGUAAUUAAUCGUCGAGUUUAUUAUAAAAGUUAUAUAUCUAGUACGGCAUCAGAAAUGAAUUCAUAUAACCAACACCAAUCGAAAUAUCAUGCUAUUAAUUUAUUACAUGAACAGACAAUUGAAAUCCGAGGAAUUCAUCCACAACAAUCAGCUCAACAACUAUUAUGUUUAAUGAAAUUGUGGGAAGGAAGAAUAGAAAAGUUGAAACAUAUUAAUAAACUCAUUUUGUUUGAACAGAAAAACUUAACUGAUCAAGUCUCAUGGACUGUAGAUAGAAAUAUUGAGACGUAUCAAGUUAAUAUUGAUCCGAAUAUAAUUGAACAAUGCCUUGCGGAUUACAUCAAAGAUGCUGGACUUCAAGAAUGUUAUUCAACGAGUGAUUUUCGAACAUCUGAACUUUCACAACGUCUCAUUAAUGCUUAA